GACUGACCGCCAAUGCAGCAUAAUCGAUUCUGCAGUCAAACUGUUUUUAGUUGAUAUGUGUGCAAGUUCAACAUUGACCUUUUGCUACUAUUUCUGUCAAGUCUACCUAUACUAUUUGAUGCAUACGUUUAAGACUGUUUUUGUUUUUACUAAACAGUGCGUUCUAAAUAGUACAUACGGUGUGCAGUAAUUGGCACGACAGAUUUCUAACACCGCCACUGUCUCUUUAAAAAAUUGACGGCGCGUGGUCUUUGUAGAGCAGUUGCAGACUGGGAUAGCUUACAGUAACACGCACACUGAACCAGUGUUGCUUCAUCUCUGUCAGCUACCAGUGAUCCACGGUACAGGCAAGCUUGUUUCCCCCUCAAAUCUUCUCACACGAGUUGUGUGUUUUGUGCAGGGUCUGUUGUAGCCAUGUCUGCAAAGAAGGCUCCUAAGAGACCGAAGGAAAGUAAACCAGAGGAAGUAAAGGAUCCUAAGAAAGUUAAAGUUUCCCACAGCAGCCAUGGGCAGGAGAAGGGUCUGGUUCUAGUGCUGGGCCAAGGGGACGUAGGACAGCUGGGUCUGGGUGAGGACAUCAUGGAGAGGAAGAGGCCGGCCCUGGUGACCCUGCCUGAGGGUGUGGUGCAGGUGGCGGCGGGGGGCAUGCACACAGUCUGUCUCAGUGACACUGGAUAUAUCUACACGUUUGGCUGCAAUGACGAGGGUGCUCUGGGUCGAGAGACUACAGAGGAGGGCUCCGAGAUGGUGCCAGGAAAGGUGGCCCUGGACGAGAGGGUGGUUCAGGUGUCUGCUGGAGACAGUCACACAGCUGCACUCGCAGACGACGGCACAGUAUACAUCUGGGGCUCUUUCAGGGAUAACAGCGGAGUCAUUGGUCUACUAGAGCCUAUGAAGAAGGUUACUAUGCCUGUCAAGGUCCCCAUGAAAGGGCCUGUGAUGAAAAUAGCAUCAGGUAAUGACCACUUGGUGAUGCUGACCGCAAGCGGUGACCUCUACACAUCAGGCUGCGGAGAGCAGGGGCAGCUGGGAAGGGUGCCAGAGCUCUUUGCCAACCGAGGGGGCAGGAAAGGGCUGUUGCGGUUGCUGAUACCUCAGAUUGUGAAGGUCCAGUCUAGAGGCAAAGUUCACUUCACAGAUACCUUCUGUGGGGCUUAUAUGACCAUUGCUGUGUCAAAAGAAGGCCACGUCUACGGAUUUGGACUGUCAAACUACCAUCAGCUUGGGACCAAACUCAUCGACACAUGCUUCGUUCCAAUAAAACUUACCACCUUCAAAAACUCCACCAUUAACUGGAUUGGCUUCUCAGGGGGACAGCACCACACAGUCUGCCUCGACUCUGCCGGGAAGGUGUACAGCCUGGGUCGGGCGGAGUAUGGGCGUCUGGGUCUGGGCCAGGGGGCAGAGGAGAAGAGCGAGCCCACGCCUGUGGAAGGACUGGAUGAAGCCCAGGUGGUGGCAUGUGGGGCAUCGGUCAGCUACGCUGUCACCAAACAAGGGUCUGUGUAUGCCUGGGGUAUGGGCACUAACCUCCAGCUUGGCACGGGUGAGGAGGAUGAUGAAUGGAGCCCUGUAGAGAUGACGGGCAAGCAGCUGGAGAACCGCAUAGUACUGAUGGUCGCCAGCGGCGGGCAGCACACAGUCCUGCUGGUCAAAGACAAGCAGGAGAGUUGAUGUAUCCUCAGGCAGGGGAAGGUUGAUCUUGUUGGUCUGCACCAGAGGGAUCUGUGUUAAAUACCUACAUGUGGGUGAGGGGUUUGUGGAUGAAUGUGCCUUCCUGUGCUGAGCCAGGUAAGCCAUGGAGGGAAUGUGGUGAUGGGGCAGUGGUGAGACUGACUAGUCUCUGUUAAAGAGUGCACUGAUCUCUCCCACUCAGUGCAAAAAUCCCCUAAUGUAUUUGUAUGUGGUUCAGUAGAUCAUGAUCAUUAAGAAAGAGAAACACUUUUUAAAAAUCUAGUUUGUUUAGUUAUUUUUGUAUGACAAUCUUUAGGAUGCCAGUCUGUGUAUGUGGGGAAAAUAGUGGACAAGCCUUUUAAUGACAUCCCAAGUCACAGCCUUUUAAGAUUCCCAUUUUUGUUCCAAGCAAUAACCCCCCCCGGCAUCAGUAAGAUGAGUACUUGUAUUUCUUGUCAGCAAGGCCCUUUUGCUUGAACCAUGUAGUUGAGACAGCUGUUCACUGUACCCCUAGCACAAUUAUUUGCUGGUCCAACUUGGAAAUAAAGUACAAUUUUACUGUU